UUUAACUUCGUUACACAGCACAAGUUUUACAGAGUUGGGAGUCCCCUGUGCCUUCUUUUGCUUUGUAAAAUUGUUAUAAGAAUUUCAGUUUUAAAUAAUUUUUUAAAUCGGAUUUAUUGUUAGUAAUGGCGCAAACAACUGAUCCGUUACUUUCUAAUAUAAAAAGCAUACCUAAAGAUGCUCAGAUUAUAGAUGCGAUAGUUAAAGAUGAGGGAAUUACUGAUUAUGAAGAUAGAAUUAUAAAUCGGUUGUUGGAAUUCGUUAAUAAAUAUGCUGGUAAUAUAAUUGAUGAUGCUCAGCGUUUGGCCAAUCAUUCAAAUAAUAAGAAAACAAUUGAUGUACAAGAUGUAGCUCUUGCAAUAAGCCAACAGAGUAAUAAAAAUUUCAUCACUACACCUGAUAAAGAACUUACAGCAAUCAUGGCAAAAAGCAAAAAUACUAUGCCUUUACCUCAAAUUAAAUCCAGUUCUGGAAUGCGUUUGCCUCCAGAUAGAUAUAGCUUAAUUGCUUGUAACUAUCGUUUAAAAUCGCCAUCAAAGAAACCCCGAAAUGUUAAUCGUAAUAUCACUACUUUAUCUUCUAAUGCAGUUAACAAGGGCUCUGGAUCAAUAACAAGCUUGAAUAAACCAAGUCCAAUCACAUCAAUUGUGACUAAAGCAAAUACUACUACAAUUGUUUCAAAGCCUAGCAGUAGUACUUCUUAGCUCAUUUGAAGCUUUUUAAACAAUUUUCUCUGAGGAAGUUGAUCAGCUGUUUGGGUCAGACCAUCAUGUAUCAAGUAAUCCAUUUAACUCGCAAAAUUGGGAUUUGCAACAGAGACCAAUGAUGUCAAUGGAAUAAAUUGGUAUUCUAGCCCUCUGCCCUGCCUGUCAUUAUAAGACACUUGUUCAUUCAUUAUUUAUCUGCAGUUUUUAAAAUAGUGUUGAUGCAUUUCUCUGACAUAUGAUAAAAUGUUUGACCCUCCCCCCCCCAUUUUGUACAUUAAUUUAUUUUUGUCUUCAUGUGUUUCAUCGAAUUUGAGUGUUUACACAAUAUCUUGGUUAUAUAAAAUUAUUGUUAGAAA